AGAGAAUAUUAAAGUAUCGCUCGUAACGCUGCCAUGCGAAACCAACCCGAGUCGAUACGACAGGCUGUGCGACGCGAAACCGACGAGAAAUUUUACGUUACGCGUUACGUCUAUCCUAUACACCUCGCCCGUGCUAUCUCGAGUCUGCGGUGAUGGCAAAAAGUGACAACCGACAUGGGUUCCGACGACGAGAUAUCCGAAGACGAGCAUGAAAUUCUCGUGUAUGUAGAAUUCGAAGGACUCGUGGACGUUAAUGUGUUCAGUGAAGAGCAAUUGCAAUUAGAUAUGAUCGGUAUAGACACGGAACAUCCGAUAAUGCAAAUUAAUGGGAAGCUUUACGAAGGCACUUACGAAGAUGUUAACGGUACAUACAUGUUUUUCGUAAAAAACGACAAUUUUAUGCCGGACGAUCCCGUUUUCGAUGACAUUCCGAGCUUAACGUAUUUUACUAAAACUAAAAAAAUCUUAAAGAUGCAACGAAUCUUUAUCAAAUCUAGGACAGAAGUGCUCGGAGAUUCGACCCAUGACCGUUGUAUUCCAAAUUUAAAGACUCUUCGGUUAGCUGGAGUACCGUGUCGAUAUCAAGAAGAAGCUCUUUCCUUCUGGAAGACUAUGAGAACCAAUAGAUUAAACGCUUUGCAUUCAUAUCUGGAGAAGCAAAAGAUCAGACGAGAAAAAAAAUCUCAGGGUAUAAUACCUGAAUCAGAAUCCGACGAAGAUAAUCCUUUUGCCAUGUAUAAACAUAAAGACGAAUCCGAUAACACGAAUAAGUUUAACGAUACUUCUGUAAAACGCGAAGAAGAUCCAUUCUACUCUAAAUCUGUAUCGCCUAAAGAAAUUAUCGAUGAAAGUCUAAAUACCGUCAAAGAUAGUUGUGACGGCGAUCUUCAAGAAUUUCGAGCAUUACAGAAACCGCAAUCUUUGACCUCGGAUGAUGCUAAUCAUCGUUUAAACACAUGUAUAAAUAACUUGUCCAAAAAAAGAAGCACGAACAAAGCUCAUAAGAAACAAAGAAUAAAAGAUAAAAAGGCACAACCGUCGAUAACGAAAAGUAAAAGAUCCUUUGAUAAAAUAGAAGAAAAGUUAGAGGAGUUGCACAUAUUAAACGUUAACGGCACUUCCAGUACUUCGGAUACUUUAAAAAAUACAAACAUUAACGACGACUGUGAACCGACGAAAACCGAAGAGUGCGAAGCAAAAGUAGAUCAAGAAGAUGCGACUAAUGCCAAAAUUUCGAAACAAUUGAAACGAGAAGCAAAAAUGAAAGAAAUAUCUGAACAGUUGAGAGCAUACGCGGAAGAAUAUAAAUACUAAAAUGGAUGCAUGAAAAUCUAUACUGACCAAAAAUAAUAACGUGAUAUAUGUAAAUAUGGUUUCAUUUUUUCACCAAUUCAAAUCACUGGGAAGCUCAUCAGGAUAAUCUCCAGUUAAACAUGCUGUACAAUGACCGAUAUAACUGCUUUCUCUAUUAUCCAUACCAAAUCUUACAGCUUUGACAAGUCCAUCUACC